GAGUCUAGAGUUCUCUGUAUCGGCUGUGACCGAUGACACCGUGGCUGCGUGGAAGGAUUAUGUGCGGUGGCAUGUCAUCAAAGGCUUCUCCAAGUAUCUCUCGGCCGAUUUCGUGGAAGCACACUUCCAGUUCUUUGGGAAGGAGCUGUCG